GGCAGUGGACUGCUCGUCGUACAUUUCUUCCGGACUCCCCGAGGGGGUGACCAAGCUGACAGAGCUCACUAGGCUGAGACUAAGCAACUGUGGGUUUAAGAAUGAUCAUUACAGGCUGCUCCGGCUCACCAAUCUUAUGGACCUAGAGCUUCCAUCAAACGGCAUUGUGUAUAUAGAGAAUAGGGUGAUGAGCAGCGAACUCACCAGGCUUGUGAAACU